CGGACAAGAUGACUCCCGAUUUGCGCGGGGCUCUUUCAAAAAUGAGAAGUCGGGGUUUCGUUUCUCCCUGGCUUCUGUCUGUUGGGUGAUCUUGCGCUUUGCUCAACUGUCGACCUUUCUCUCCUUAUUGAUUCUGAAACAGAGUAUCUCAUCGGCUGAUCCUAGAGACCUUUAUCGCUAUCUUCAUCAAAGUCAGACGAUGGUCGUUCGACCCUAGGAUGUCUGGGACAAAGGAAACCGGAGCAGAAAGUCACGGGAAUGCGACUGGGAGAGAUCCCGUCCCAUCUCAACCGUGGACCACAUCGUCAACCCUCUUCUUCGAUCCCGGCACAAUGGGUGGGACAAAGACACUCGGAGCCGGCGGCUUUAGGGAGGAACUUGAGAGAGAUUCCGCUUCCACCCAUGCGCAGUUGACAUCCAAAUAUACGUCUACAUCCCAGGUGGUGGAAGGAGGAACCAUCUACGAAUCAGGCAGGUUCGGGGAUGAUGUUGAAAGAAGUGUCCAGUUCUUCCAUACACAGUCUGCCUCAUCUGGAUCAUUUGCUACCUCCAAGGUGACCCGAGAGACUUAUGGAACAAGUACCUCGGAGAUAACAGAGAGAAACUUCGUUUCUUCUAGCAUGCAGUCCGCGUCGCCAGAAGUUGCAAGGGUCAUCGAAGGUGAAGGGACAUUCGGAGACGAGGGCUUUGAUGAGUAUUUGGGGAAGGCAUCAGUUACUUCCAAAGCCCAGGAUACAUCUUCAAAUCCCUUGUUCGCAUCUGGAGUCACCCAAGAGGCUUUUGGGACAGACCGGACUGAAACAUUGAACAGAAAUACCAUCUCUUAUGCGCAACCUACGUCCGUGAACUUUUCCUUUACAUCCCGAGCCACUGAGGAAGGAGGGAACCAUGGAGCACAAGGCUUCGAGAAGGGUCGUGGAGAUGGGUACUUGCACACGCAGACCGCUUCGUCGGAUUUACUUCCUACGGCAAGUCAUACCAGGGGUGGUGAGGCCUCCAGCGGCCUUGCUAUGCCUCAUGCGCAGACUUUAACACCAGAUCUCGUGUCUCAGGAACCUGGGAAUGACGGGACAUCCGAGGCAGCCAAUAUUAUCGGAAGAACUAAAAGGGACUUCCUUAUAUCUCAUGCGGAGCCUCCGUCAUCGCCAUCGAUUCUUAUAGCUGAAGAUAAUGUGAUCAACGUGCCGAUUGAAGCUGUCGAUACUCAAAGAGCUACGGUGAAUCAUGCACCCGCAUCUCCGCAGUCCUCGCCAGCUUUUCCUGUCAACAUUCUUGCAACGACUGAAGCAACUGCCAUGAGCGAAACAGACGCUUUCGAUGAUGCAGUCAAUGAAGAACCUGGCCCAGCCCAUGCAAACUCCACCCCUCCAUCGGAAGCCGAGAGACCAUUGGCUUUUACCGCACGUCGCGCAUCCUUGAAUCCGAAUGAGGAGUCAUAUCUUGCUCAGUUCGCCACCACAGAAGAGGUUGCUCGACUCAGCAGUCUGGCAAAUAUCUCGCUGGGCGAAGAGUUGCUUAAUCCAGGAGGCAAAGACUUUGACUUGUACAGGUGGCUGCGAAAGAUUAUGUACAUGCUAAACCAAGACAGACUCCAAGAGAACGCCACGAUAAAGUUUCACAAUCUGCAUGUCUCGGGGACUCGGUUUUCGCUGCGACGACAACAGACGGUCCUAGAUGUGUUUUCCUCCCUGUUAAGGCCACGGGAGACAUUCAACUUGGGACCCAAAACUCCCAAGCAAAUCCUCUGGGAUCUGAAUGGCAUUCUGAAUAGUGGAGAAUUGUUGCUUGUUCUCGGACGACCUGGAUCCGGAUGUAGUGCUGUCGCAAGAGCGCUGUGUGGAGAGCUUCGUGGAUUAAAGCUGGAUUCUGGAUCAAUCAUUCACUAUAGUGGCACUUCUCACCACGAAAUACCCAAGGAUUUCCAAGGGGUGAUGCUUUACAACCCCGAAGUCGACAGACAUUUCCCGCAUCUGACAGUGGGACAGACGCUGGAGUUUGCGGCAUCAGUGCGGACUCCUGCAGAGCAGGCUGCAACACGGACAGAGUAUGCAAAGGCAAUGACAAAAGUGGUCAUGGCGGUGUUCGGUCUGAGCCACACCUAUAGCACAAAAAUCGGAAGUGAGUCUGUCCGCGGUGUGUCCGAAGGUGACCGCAAGCGAGUCAAUAUCGCCGAGAUAGCUCUUUCAGGAGCAGCAUUGGCUGCGUGGGAUAAGCCAACCCGGAGCUUGGACUCGGCAGAGGCAACAAAAUUCGUACAGUCUCUCAGGCUGUCUGCAGAUCUAGGCUCGGCUACUCAUGUUAUGACCGCCUAUCAAGCGAAUCAGACCGCAUACGAUCUAUUUGAUCGGACUUUGUUAUUAUACGAGGGCCGUCAGAUCUAUUACGGUUCUGCCACCAAAGCGAGAGGCUUUUUCGAGCGCCAAGGGUGGUACUGUCCUCCACAGCUGGGUACUGCCGACUUUUUGACCUCUGUUACCAAUGCUGCAGAGCGACAGCCGCGUCGGGGUAUGGAGAACAAAGUGCCCCGGACCCCGGACGAAUUCGCAGCGUAUUGGUGUCAGUCCCCAGAAUACCAGGAGUUACAGACAGAAAUGGGUGCUAGCCAGCAAGUUGCAAUGUCAAACGAAGAACGACCUGAGCCUAAGCAAGACAAACAGCAGAAACGCCCAUUCUAUGCACGGUCCAAUCGAGCAUAUCCCAGCAUAACAACGCAAGUCACGCUGACUACCAAACGCGCUUUUCAGCGGGCUUGGAACGAACGUGUUUCGGCGAUGUACAAGCUUGUGGGAAACUUCAUCAUAGCACUGAUUAUCGGGUCAAUGUUCUAUAAUACUCCCGCUACGACCUCCGGUUUCUUUUCCAAGGGUUCCGUGCUUUUAUACAUAGUGUUGCUGAAUUCCUUCAUGUCGCUGGCCGAAAUAAGCAGCCAGCACUGCCAGCGUCCGGUUGUGGAAAAGCAUGCCUCGUUUGGGUUUUAUCAACCCAUGGUCGAAUCGGCCGCCGUUCUCUUGAGUGAUAUUCCGACCAAGUUUCUUCUGGUGUUGAUCAACAAUAUCGUCAUUUAUUUCAUGAGCAAUCUUCGCCGCGAGCCGUCUCAGUUUUUCAUAUGCUUUCUAUUCAACUUAGUACUCAUCAUUGUGACGAGCGCAGCUUUUCGAUCGACAGCAGCAGUUACAAAAACUCUUGCACAAGCCAUGGCUCUCGCCGGUGCGCUGGUGCUUCCGGUUACUGUAUACACCGGUUUUAUCAUUCCUGUCCCCCGGAUCCACAAGUGGUUCGACUUUAUCCACGACAUCAAUCCGGCAUACUACGCGUACGAGGCUCUUGUUGCCAACGAGUUUCAUGGUCGGGGGUUUGACUGUGCUGACCUUGUACCCUCAUAUCCCAUCCUUCAGGGUAAUGCAUUCAUCUGCUCGGUUGUCGGAGCUGUUGCUGGCCGACGCACGGUUAGUGGUGACAAGUAUAUCUGGGCUACUUAUAAGUAUACCUAUGACCACGUAUGGAGAGACUUCGGCAUCCUCAUCGCUUUUCUGGUCGGGUGGAUGAUCGUAUACUUUGCUGCGGCGCAGUUCAUCGCAUUUUCAAACGUCAUAGUUGACACACCGCUUUUCCGUCGAGGAAAUGAGCCUGGAUUCCUCAAACAUGGAGCAGACCAGGAUGGGGAUGAAGAAUCUGGCCGACCCUCCAUGAGUGCAAACCAGGACACGACUACCAAUGUGCGAGACAAUACCUUGCCCUCAAAUACACCCCGACGGGAGAUUCUCACCUGGCGCGAUGUGACCUAUAAUAUUGACACCAGCGGUGGACACCAUCGGGUCCUGGACCAGGUGUCCGGCUGGGCCAAGUCAGGAACGAUCACCGCACUGAUGAGCAUCAACAGCGUCGAGAGGACAACCCUUCUAGAGGUAUUGGCACAACGCACUACCGUGGGUACUGUCAGCGGUGAAGUCUUUCUUAACAACUGGUCGUUAAGUUCGAAUCUUCAGCGGAAAAUAGGCUAUGUUCAACAGCAGGACCUUCACCUAGAAACGGCAACUGUUCGUGAGACCUUGCGAUUUAGUGCAAUGCUACGCCAGCCAUGCUCCGUUUCCAAGGAGGAGAAAUAUACGUAUGUUGAAGAGAUUAUCAAGGUCCUGGAUAUGGAGGAAUAUGCCGAAGCUUUUGUGGGAGUUUUCGGGGAAGGGUUGAACACCAAACAACGCAAAUUGUUGAGUAUUGGCGUCGAAAUGGCAGCGAUGCCUAAGCUUUUGCUUUUAGACGCACCUAGCAGUGGUCUUGACGCGCAAAGUAUUAAUGCCAUCUACCGUGUUCUGCGGAAAUUGGCCGAUGCCGGACAAACCAUUAUCUGCACAGUUCAGGAACCCAGUCCAACCAUUCUCAGGGAAUUAGACCAGGUGCUAUUCCUAUCCAACGAGGGCAAGACAGUAUAUUUCGGACCCGUUGGCGAGAACGGCCAGACCCUGCUGGACUAUUUCGAGUCCCACGGGAGUCACCGUACCUGCAGAACUGAUGAAGAUCCCGCCAAAUACCUGCUCGAGACCAUCAACGCAGCCACCAACAAACGCAGGGAGGCCUGGUCCGACAUCUGGACCAGAAGCAGCGCUGCUGCCAUUCAGGAUGAGCUCGUCCGCAUCCACGCGCACACCGAAGCACAAGAUGAUCAGCCAGACGACUACCAAGAAUUCGCCACAUCCCAAUUCCUCCAACUCUUCAUCGUCCUACGUCGCAUGCUACAACAAUACUGGCGCUCACCCCUCCACACCGCAUCCCGGAUAGUCCUGAACAUCCUCGCAGCCCUCUUCAUCGGCUUCUCCUUCUACAAACCCGGCACCUCCAUCCGCGGCCUUCAAGAAACCAUCUUCUCCGCCUUCAUGCUCUGCACCCUCUUCGCCCCCCUCGUCCACCAAAUCACCCCCCUCCUCACCACCAACCGCACCCUCUACGAGUCCCGCGAACGCCCCAGCAAAACCUACUCCGGCUUCGUCCUCCUCCUCGCCACCCUCCUCGUCGAACUCCUUUACCAAAUCCCCCUCAGCAUCUGCUUCUGGGCCAGCUACUCCUACGCCGUCACGGGCAUCCUCUCCCCCCCACGCCAAGGCCUCCUCCUCCUCUUCUCCCUCCAAUACUUCAUCUCCGCCCUCUCCUUCGCCUUCCUCACCAUCCCCACCUCUGCCCUCCUAACCGCCCUCCUCACCUUCAUGUCCUUCACCUUCAACGGCGUCAUGCAACCACCCCACGCCCUCCCCGGUUUCUGGCUGUUCAUGUACCGCGUCUCCCCAUUUACUUACUUCGUCAGCGGUGUAACAGCCACACAACUCCACGGUCGUGAUAUCACGUGCAGUGAGAUCGAACUCUCCGUGUUUAAUCCCCCGUUAGGGCAAUCCUGUGGAGAUUAUUUGAAUGAGUACCUGAAGACAGCAGCGGGUCGGUUACUGAAUCCCGCUGCGACUAGCGAUUGUCAGUAUUGUCCUCUCUCGGUCGCGGAUCAGUUCCUUGCUGAGAGGGAGUAUAAUUGGGAUGAGAGGUGGAGGAAUUUUGGCAUCGGGUGGGCUUUUGUGGGGUUUAAUUUUGGGGUUGCGGUUUUGGUUUAUUAUCUUGUGUGGAGGGUUGGGGUUUUGGAUAGGCUUAGGAGGAGGAGGGAUGUGUAAUGGGGGUGAUGGGUCGAUGGGACGAGAUGGAAGGGGUUGAGGUUUGAUCCGACUUUUUUGGUAGGGUUGGACAUUUGAGCCGUUUUGAGAAGGAUUUAAUGAGGUAUUGUGGAUGUUAUAGCAUCGUGUGUGUACUUGUUUUCGUAUUUUAGUCUGGGUCUGAUAGUUUUCAACUGUGCCACCACACUCG